AUGAAGAUAAAGAAAGAUUCACAUGUUGGGAUCAUCUACCACCUCGAGCCAAUGACAAGUGUAGAUUUGUACAUAGACACAGAGGAUAUCACUAACCAAGAAGAUGGAAACAAUCAUUAUGGUGGAUCUUUCUUUGCACAAGAUAAUCACAUGGAUGAGGGUGAACAAGAUGGUCCAAGGCAAGAACAAGCAAGCACUUCACGGGUUCAUGAAGAAGAUGGUGAAAGUUUAUUUGCAGAAUAUGAUCACAUGGAUGAGAAUGAUUCAGACUACGUAGCUCCAAGCGGAAGAUCGGAAGCACGCGAUCCCUCUUCAAGUAGUGAUGAUGAGGAAAGUGAUGACGAAGAAUUAAUGAAUGAAGAAAGGGAACUAAAUCCAUUUUCCCGGUGCCAUGUGUAUAAGGAAAUGGUGAAUGGAAUGACUCGAGUGUUUACAAUGAUGAUCUUGGUAUAA